AUGCAUACAAAAAACAACAACCGCCGGCACAAACACGCCAAUAUGUGCACACGUGCUCGUGAAACUAAUUACAUGCAUCCGAUGGCUUGUGGUUGCGACUUCUUUGCCAGCAAAUCGCUUGCAGCAAGCCAGGCAGUGCUGGCGUGGCAAGCGAGUAUCUGCCGCCUGCCUUUCAAUGGGAUGCCUGAACUGGCCAAGCUACACCGGCUCUCCGAUCCGCUGGGGCAGUAG